ACAUUUUUACCUAAUCUCAAAAAUUAUGAAGAUAACUUUCAUAUGGCCUUAUCAGGAGAAAAAAUUGAAAUAUAUUGGAAGAUUACUUUUCUUAAUAAAUGCAUAUGUAUUAUUGCAAGCUUCGGUGAUAUAUUUUAUUAGAAGAAGGAAAACGCUAGACCUAGAAGACAUGACGGAGGCUUUAUUUCAAUUUAUAGCUUUGAUAUGCACAUUUUUGGCGUAUAUAUUUUCCAUUUCACAAGAAAAGAAUAUUAUGACGAUUUUUAUCAUUUUCUUCGCUGAGUAUGAUCGUACAAAGGACUCUAACCAACAAAUAAUUACACUUGAAAUUAUGCAAAAAGGAUAUCAGAUUGGUACGGUGCUUGGAUGUGUAAUAUUUUCUGCUUACUUUGGAGUUGGAUUUAUAAAAAAAAAAUUUAAGCAUACAGGAAGGAUACUAUACUUGAUCAAUGCAUUUGUAGCAUUACAAGCUACUGUAACAUAUUUAAUCAGAAGAAGAAAAACUUUAGGUUUCGAAGAUUUAAUUGAGACAUUAUUUCAAUUCAUAGUCUUAUCAUGCACAUAUUCAGUAUAUUUGAUAUGGAUUUUACAGGAAAAGAAGAUUUGGAACCUUUAUAUGAAUUUCUUUGCCGAAUAUGCUCAUUUAAGAGACAUCAACAAAAAAAUGAUGACGAUUACCACCGUUGCAUUAAAAAACUUGAUAGAUAAGACGCAACAUUUGAAUAUAGCCGCCUCAAAGUUUGAGGCUCAAACUGGUGGUAGCGACGCAACAAGAAUUUACGAAACGAGGUAA